CGGACACUUGGAGAGCCACCGCUCCUCUCUCUCUCACUCUGCUCCGGCGCACAGAACAGGCACUCAGCUCCACAGCAGCCCAGAGCAGAGCGCUCCGAGCAGCACACAGGACAGACAGGAGCGGAGCGAGAGAGGGACAGGACAGAGGCAGAGCAGGAGAGCAGGAGAGCAGGAGGCAGGAGCGCUCCGUCUGCAGCUGGGACGCACACAGUUCAUGUCCGAGGAGGCAGACUUGGAUGUGAGAGGCAGAGAGCGCAGUGUCCCAGCACAGCCCGCUGAAGAGCCCAAGUCGCCCAGGCCACGUCCUCUGGCAGAACACACCUCUGACCCGGCCGCUCCAGGCGUCCCCCCCACCGUCUCGCACACCUGCAGCAGGGGAAGAGGCAGCGGCGUCAGUGCUGGAGGUCCGGGCUCCGUUAGCAUCGUUAGCAGCAGGACCAACAGUGAGGGGGCAGGCCAAAGCUCCAUGCAGUUCAGCACCAGACCGCCUAGUGCUGAGCAGCCGGGCUUCAUGGGGACAUGGCAGCAGCAGAGCACUGACAGUAACCUCCUGUACAGAAUGUCCCAGCAGGCCAUUCGGUGCACACUGGUGAACUGCUCGUGUGAGUGUUUCCAACCAGGAAAGAUUCACCUGCGGACAUGUGACCAAUGCAAGCACGGCUGGGUUGCCCACGCCCUGGACAAGUUGAGCACCCAGCACCUGUACCACCCCACCCAGGUGGAGAUCGUACAGUCCAACGUGGUGUUCGACAUCAGCAGCCUCAUGCUCUACGGGACCCAGGCUGUACCGGUGAGGCUCAAGAUCCUACUGGACCGUCUGUUUUCUGUGCUGAAGCAGGAGGAGGUGCUGCACAUCCUCCACGGGCUGGGCUGGACUCUGAGGGACUACGUGAGGGGCUACAUCCUGCAGGAUGCUGCAGGCAAGGUCCUGGACCGCUGGACCAUCAUGUCUCGGGAAGAGGAGAUCAUCACCCUGCAGCAGUUUCUCCGCUUUGGUGAGACCAAGUCCAUUGUUGAACUGAUGGCCAUUCAGGAGAAGGAGGGUCAGGCUGUCACCGUUCCCUCCUCCAAGACCGACUCCGGGAUUAGGACAUUCAUUGAGAGCAACAACAGAACCCGCAGCCCCGGGCUCCUGACACAUAUGGAAAGCAGUAGCCCGUCUAGCAUCCAUCAUUUCGAGAACAUCCCCAAUAGCCUUGCCUUCCUUCUGCCCUUUCAGUACAUCAACCCAGUCUCUGCUCCUAUGCUCGGCUUACCUCCCAACGGCCUGCCCAUGGAGCAGUCUGCUCUGCGGCUACGAGAGCCCACCCUCCCAAACCAGGGCGAGCAGGUGGAGACUAGUGAAUCAGAAGUGUCCUUGUCUCCUUUCCGCACAGGCCAGAGUCCGAGCCGAGGAGGUCUGGGACCUUUAAACAACAUAGAACCCAAGACAGAGCCCAGUAACAGGGCCUCCCCCAUCUCUCCCACCCCCUCCCAGCAAUCACAGCUACAGUCACAGUCCACGCCACAGCCCCAACCAGGACAACCACAAUCCCAGAGUCAGACACAACAGCCCAGCAGCCUGACCGACCCACAAGUUCAUCAUCACUUUGCCAAGGAAGAGCAGAAUAAAAGUAUGACACAUCCCUCCUUCUCCUCCAAAAUGCACCGCAUGCGCCGCAUGGGGGCCACCUCAAGGAAAGGUCGUGUUUGUUGCAACUCUUGUGGCAAAACCUUUUAUGAUAAAGGCACUCUUAAAAUACAUUACAAUGCUGUACACUUAAAGAUUAAGCACCGCUGUACCAUUGAGGGCUGUAACAUGGUGUUUAGCUCACUCCGUAGUCGCAAUCGUCACAGUGCCAAUCCAAAUCCACGGUUACACAUGCCAAUGUUGCGUAACAACCGCGAUAAAGACCUUAUCCGUGCCACUGGUAACUCUGGUACCCCUGUCAUCUCAAGCACCAAAAAUGGAGGCUUUACUCUGACCAGUCCUGGUAGACCCCCUCUGGGCUUCACCACACCUCCAGUGGACCCCAUGCUCCAGUCCCCCCUCCAGAGUCCUCUGGUGUUUCCCUCUCUGAAGUCAGUGCAGCCGGUGCAGCCUGUGCCUCCAUUCUACCGUACACUCCUGUCUCCUGCAGACCUGGUGAGCCCUCCUGUGUCACUGCCCACCAGCCCCAUCCUGCCCACUACCACCAACAGCACCACCCUCAUGGACCAGCAGCAGCAGCUCCUGGCUGCAGCGGCUGCAGCUUCACACAAUAACAUCCACAUGUCAGAAGCAGGGCCCAUGUCGCAUCGCCUACCCACACCCAGUGCCAACCAUGAGGGCACGAUGGGCAACAGUGACCCCACACCCAAAAAGAAGCCCCGUAAGUCCAGUAUGCCAGUGAAGAUCGAGAAGGAAAUCAUAGAUGUGGCAGAUGAUUUUGAGGACAAAGACGAGGACGAUGAUCACAUUCAUAACCACCAUCACCACUCAUCCUCUCUCCUCCACAACAGUCUCAAGAUGAACGGAAACUGUAACAACAGCAGCAGCACAGGGAACCACAGUGGAGGCAGCGGGCAGCAGUCCCCCUCUCAGGAUGAGAUGAGCCCAGGACUGGCUCUUAGGGGGAUGAUGAGGAGUGAGGAAGAGUGCCGGGACGGGGCAGGCAGUGACAGCAGAGGAGAGCUCAGGAGCACGGGCGACCUGCGCUGUAUGGACAGUUUCACAUCAGAGGACCAGGACCACGAGAGAGACUUUGAGAAUGAAUCUGAAAACUCAGACUCCAAAAUGUUCUACCGCGAUGAAAUGAUGGAUGUGGAGGAUCAGCACAAACAGCUCAGACUGGGGAGGGGUCUGGACAAAGACAUGGACGACGAGGUCGGUGAAGAUGGACAGUUAAAAGAAAAUGAAGGCAAGGGUCAUUCUUCACCUUCCCCACAUCAGCCUCCCAUCAAGAUAAAGGAGGAGCUGAGCGACCCCACAUAUGACAUGUUCUGCAUGGGACAGUACGGCCUCUACAACGGAGGCAUGGCAGCUGCUGCUGCAGCGGCUGCCAGUAUGGCCGCUCUACACGAGAGCUUCAUCUCCUCUAUGGGCUAUGGUGCCAGCCCACCCAAGUUCCCCACUUCUCAGUCACCAGAUGGAGACCCCUGCUCAAGCCCGGACCCCAAGAUCUGUUAUGUAUGUAAGAAAAGCUUCAAGAGCUCCUAUAGCAUGAAGCUGCACUACAAGAACGUGCACCUCAAAGAGAUGCAUGUGUGCACUGUGGCUGGCUGCAAUGCUGCUUUCCCCUCUCGACGGAGCCGAGACAGGCACAGCUCCAACAUCAACCUGCACCGCAAACUGCUGACCAAAGAGCUGGACGACAUAGUCCUGGACCCCCACCUCACGCCUCUGCCCAAAGACCUGCGAGUCGGGUUACUGGCCAAGUUCUACGCGGGCCACCACCACCCCAUGGGCCUGGAACCUAUGCUGGGGAUGGCUGUCGGAGGUCCCCAUUCCCCCAUGACCAACGGCUACCCCCACUUCCACAGUCUUCACCACAACCACCAUCUCAAUGGCUUCUCCAGAGCUCCGCCGGACGACUACAUGGUUUUAGACCUGAGUGCCACCUCCAGCAUCCACUCUAGCAGCAGCAUCCACUCGUCGCACGGGUCGGACGAGGGCAGCGACGAAGGCAUCUUAUUGGAUGACCUGUACGAUGGCGAAGGGGAAGAGGAGGAAGAGGAGGAGGUCAACAGCGAGGGGGAGAACGUGGAGAGGCGUGGCCAGACUAGUGACAGUGGAGAGAUGGGGGGAGGAGGGGGAACGGGCAGCGAGGGGAUGGGACAGUUCGUGCAUCAUUCGACCACCGGGGGCAGUAGCGGCGGAGGUAUACUUUGCAAUAUCUGCCACAAAAUGUAUAGCAACAAAGGGACCCUGCGCGUGCACUACAAGACGGUGCACCUGAGGGAGAUGCACAAGUGUAAAAUUCCCGGGUGUAAUAUGGUUUUUAGUUCGGUACGCAGCCGCAACCGACAUUCGCAGAACCCGAACCUCCAUCAAAACGCGCCAUUCUCCUCCAUCAUUGACUGAAAACCACCUCAGCUCCUCCUGUAUUCCUCUUCCAUUCUCUUCAUCGAAUCCGAACUCUCCGCGGUUGCCACAAACUACAAGCUGGAUGCCUCCUGCCUAUCCAGUGAAGAUUUCUAAUAUGUCUGUAUGUACAAAUCACUGACAUUCAAUGCAGUUUAUUAUUGUUGACUAUUGAGGAUGGAGUCCCGACAAACUCCAGAAGUUUUUUUUUGUUUUGUUUUGUUUUGUUUUCUUUCGGAAAUAUAUUUUCUUUCAAGAUCGUCCGUUUAUUUUCCGUCUGUCAAAGAAUCUACUCUUAUUUGUGACUUUGCCUGCCGAAAAGAUCGUACUGAAAAAAGAAAAAAAACUUCUCGUUGUGUAUUUGUGUAAGAACUUUUAAAUGAAUCCCUUACAAAAGCAUGACAGUUCAUUUGUAAAUAUAAUGUCCCGAAAUGAGGCUUUUGGUGUACAAGAGUUGUGUUGAUGGUCGUUCGAUUCUGUUUCUUCUCUACCUUUUUUAUGUUACAGUCCAGUACAAUACUUCCAGCUAUAGGCAAGAAAGAGGUAGCAACUUAUUAGCUUUUGAGCUCAUUUAUGUUAGCUUCAAUGACACUAGGAAAAAAAACUAUCAUGUGAAUUGUUUUAUCUACUUGUUAGAUCUUCAGAGGUUGCCGGCAUGCUUUUCGAGGCUCCUACACUGAUAUCAUUCUGUAUUUCGAUUAUUUUUGUCAGUUUAUGUUAAGAAGCUUUAGUAUUUUUUUUUUUUUUUUGCACUUUGCAUCUAUAAGGGGAUGUGUAAUAAUAAUAAAAUGAGGACUUUUGCAAUGGUGACUUUAAGUGUUAUGUGGGCUCACUGAUGGCUCCUGUGCCAAGACAUAAGAUCAUAUACAUUUCAUUUCCCCCAUUUGCCAAAGUAUAAUUUGAAAAACAGAAGUCCUUCAAUCCUUUUUUGAUACUGUAGCAAAAUGUCUACUACUGUCCCAUACUUUCGAUUUCGUAAAGUCAUCAAUGACCCACAUAUUUAUCAAAAUAAUAAUUCCUUUGACCAAAUGUGAGUGUCCUUCAAUUAGGCCCCAUUGCACUUAAGUCUUAAAAGUAUUGCUGUGAUAUUUAAAUUUAAAGUGUUGGCUACUAAUGUAAACCUGAUGAUUGUCUUACGGUACAAAUAUUUGCAAAAUACGGAACAGAAUUAGCCAAGGGAAAGGGUAUUUAUUGAUGGGUAACGUAUCUAAAUGGAGAUGUCCUGAGGUUUGAUUUUUAAAAUAGAUUAAAAAAAACACACACACACACAGCUUGGUUUCUGUUGUUAAGCAUUAGCAAAGUGUUACUACAACUUGACUGGUGCUACAGAGGAAAGCAGGUUUAAAGUGCGUAUGGCAGGUUAGCGUCGUUAUAUUUCAGAUUUGCGUAAAAAUGUAGUAAAAAAAAAUCUUGUUUCUAGUUUUCGAUGUAAUCCCAUAGCUGUUAUCGAGCAACUAUAACGUUAACAAAGAUGUCUGAGUGUGGACAGGAAGUAGUCGCGCUAACAGUGAGGCGGCCGGGCGCUAACGUGCACCGCGCCUAUUUCAGCUAUGAUUAGACAAAUACAAUACAUUUGGUUUUGAUGACACAGACGGAGAUAUUCCUUUACAGAACUCACCUCUACUUCCUGUUUAUCCGCAAACUCCCACUCCGACUGUAAAACCGCAGGUACUAUCCCAUCAAACCAACUUAGAAAAACAUGAGAAUCUGUCAUACGCGCUUUAAUCUGAGUUGCAGUAUUCACCUCACACCUGUAAAAGUGUUCUAAUAGGCAUUUCACAACACGGACACGACCUAUUGUGCCGGAAUACUUCCAUGUUUUUUGUUUUUUUUUAAGCCUCCCUCAUAUGACGCAUUUGGUAGUUGGUUGGUCUCCUCUUUUCAGAUAUAGCGCGGAAGCCGGACAGGCAUAGCGGCUAGCCUCCUGAUGGAAGCGGUGUGCGGAGGUGGAAGGGCUGACUAGGGAGGACGGAUGACAGCAACAUCAUUAAAGAGAGGUGCUCACUUCCCCCCCCUUCCCUCCCCACCGUUACCUCCAGGCGUCCCUGCCAUCCGGGCCUCUUCUGUCUAAUAACUCACUUGUCACUUCUUGGCUACACCGCGAGACGCCACGGAUGCUGACGGAACGGUGACACUGACAGGCGAAGACAGGAAAGAGAGGAAGACAGAGAGAGAGAGAAAGAUAAAAAGAGGGUUGGACGCUCUUCAACAAUUCAAUUUAACUACUCACAUCUAGCGAGUACCUAUUCGGGGUCACUGGUAAUUUACUAGCGCUUCUCCAGCUCCUUGUAUUCGUUCGCUCUUUGUCUGUCAGAGCACUUACCCGUUCCUCCCAUCCGCCACUCACUCACUUACCACCUCCGCACCCCACUGCGCAGGUUGGACCAGGACGCGGGGCUAAUAGUGUAUGCUUAAGUUCACCGGAUGGCCAUAUAGCGUAGGGAAAAAGGGGGGGGGGGGUGGGUAAUUGCCUGUUUAUCCCAAGUGAAGGCAAAAUUGACUACAGGAACCCUUGGCUGUUCCCAGGAGUAGCUUCAGUGAGGCGCGCGCUGUCUCAUUCACUCUUUCAAUCCCCUUCGGCCCUCGCGCGAGUAGAGAGAGGGGGGAAAAAGUGCUACUCUGGGACCCCCGCUGACGGCUGUCUUUCUAACAAACAGUGGCGUAAAUACACAACGUUACGCACACACUCGGAGACACACGUAUGGUACAGUGGUGCUGGUUUCUACGGACGGGUUGCGCGGUGACAGGGAGAAGAUGACUUGUUCGUUUUCGUGUAUUUAUUUAUUUGAGUUAGCGCAGCGCGUGCUAAACGAGGUUACGGCAAACUGACUCUACGUAAAUAUGCGUUCAUCUGUUUAUCCCAAGGCAGGUGACAACAAAACUAUAUCAAUAAAUAAUCCAAAAAUACACAGAAAUUGGAUUUGUAUGAAAUUUACACCAAUUAUGUUUGUCUUUCAAUUCCAUGUGGAUAUUUUGAAGGAUUCCCGACGCAUUUUAAACCUAUAAACUACAAAUGAGUAGUUACGCCAGUUUGACAUAGUACACAAUAUGCUACAACAUGAGGGGAGAUGUAAUUACAGGACCUCCGAUCAAACGAUAGGGUCAGAGGGAGAGGGUUUGAAGUGCUGUCUGAUCUGUAGCCUCGAGGUAUUCACUUAACGAACUGAUGGAGAGAAAGAGAGAGAUUCAUCAGGCGCUCUCCUCGUUCGCCCUGUUGGAAAGCCCACAACACCCCCCUACACCCCCUACACCCCCUACACCCCCUACACCCCCCUACAGUCCCUUACAGUGGGCCCAAGUGCUGCCCAGUGACCAGCCAAUAGGUCGACUGGACACGCUCGAGUGAAUUUUUAAUAAUUGAUCAGAGGGAGCAUCAGUGAAUCAGUUGUAUUCUGCAGAGGGACAAGGCAUGGCGCUGUGACAGGUUAUCUGAGAGGAGACGCAGACUGAGGCUUUAAAAAACUCGUAGGACGUGGGUCUGUGUGCAGUGGAUGCUUUUGGUAAAGUGUUAAACUGAGUAUGGUCCCCUAAUGAGGUGUCAAAACACACAUCUCCAAAACCAUUUCAAGUCUUAAAGAGGUAACGCUCCACGUUCAGGUGAUUCUUUUCGUUUGUGUUUGUGUGUAGUGCAUCUGUGUCUCCACUGGCCUGAUGAUGGCCCGGCCCGUCACUGCACGGCUGCAGUUACACAGCAGACACUCCAGUGAGGAUAUGGUGAUGUGUACUCCUCAUGAAUACUGUCUGUGAGCUAAACAGCUGUUUCCCAUUUGCAGACAGGUGAAAUGGUCCUCUUCUUGUUCUUUCUUCCCUUUCCACUCUCUUGUGUUUGUUUCUGUAUCAUAACUGUCUAUGGUUUUUGCAUAAAAUGCAUAAGGGUUUUGGGAUGUAAAUGGAAUUUUAUUCAUAUUUUGUCCAAAUACCUCUUGUAAUUUGUAUCAGAAUUCUUGUACAAUUUUUUAUAUUAAAGAUUUAUCAGUCACUGG